AUGAUAAUUUUUUCUCAUACAAAUCCCUUACUUGUUCUGUUAUUAUUCGUUACAUUUACAAACGCAGAAAACGUUGAUGAUGAAAAUCAGACUGAUGAUAAUGGUACUGCAUCUUUAGAAUCAGAAAGCAAUGAAGCUUAUAAUGCCAGUUCAAAAGAGAAACCUGAUAGACUAAAAUAUCAAGAUAUAAAAGUUAUAGACAACAACUAUAUGAAAACGUCUAUGAAAUAUUUUCCAUUCGCUGUUUCUAUUCAGAAGAAAGGAUCUCAUUAUGCGUCUGGUGCUUUGAUUGAUAAAAGAUGGAUUCUGACAGCAGCGGGUCCUUUUUAUAGCACACGAGAAUCAAUAAAACUACUAAAAGUUCGACUUGGAUCAGUGAAUUGUAAAAAAGGUGGCACAGUUGUCCCUCUAAAAGAAAUCGUUAUCCACCCAUCAUAUAUUAACAUGGAACCCACUUACGAUUUAGCACUGCUAAAGAUUGGUCAACCCAUCAAAUUUUCGGAAUUUAUCUUACCAAUUCCCUUGGCAACUAUGAAAGGAAAAAUUUUAAGCGCUAAAUUUCAAAGUACCUAUUGGUCAAGACUGAUAAUAAAUCAUAAGUUACUACCAAGUACGGCAAAGGAACGGAUACAACAGAACAGUCUACGUGUCUCAACUCAAGAUAUGAUACCACAAGAAAAAUGUGUUGAUUUGUUGCAAAAGUAUAACUAUACUUUCAGUCGUUCUACUUUAUGUUUGGGGCCUAUAGUGUCACAUCACAGUCCUUGUACGCCUGAUGUUGGUGCCCCAAUUACAGCCAAUGACCGUCUUUGGGGCAUUACCUCUGGAUGGACUUCAAAGGAUUGCUUACAGAAUAUCAGCCCAACUGUAUUUAAUAGGGUGUCUUUCCCAUUAACGGGAAAAUGGAUAGAAUCUACAAUAAACAUUUUU